AUGGCAGCCCUGGCCAUGCUCCUGCUGGCACUGUCGCUGCUGAUGGGAUCCCUCGGCGGCCAUGCCCUCAGUGAGAAUGCCAGCCAGAGUCUCGACUACACCGUCAGCCCUCGGGGCGAGCGUCUUCCUCGCGGAGACCCAAUGAAAGACCCCACCGACAUGCACUGGAUCCGGAAAUGGGGCGCUAUUGGCGACAGCUUUACUGCUGGGAUUGGAGCCGGCCGGCUGUGGGAUACGACCGACGAAGUGCGCAAAUGUGCCCGGUACGAUCGAUCGUAUGUCGCAAUGCUUGAGCGAGCCGUGGGAGUCUCCGCAGAGAAGUUUCAAUGGCUGGCCUGCACCGGUGCCAAAUCACGCGAGAUUCUUGAGCAAGCCAAGAAACUAGACAAUGAUAUGGAUUUGGUCGUGCUGACUGCGGGAGGAAACGACCUCUGCUUGAUUGAUGUUCUGAAAGACUGUAUCUUUCUUGCGUACAAUGAGAAGAGCUGUGAGUCGGCUAUCAAGCGAGCCAAGACCAACGCGGAAUACAUCCUAGAGCCGGCCCUCGAAUUAAUCCUGGUUGAGCUUGAAAAGCAUAUGAAUCCAAACUCUGGCGUUGUGGUCUUUGCUAGCUAUGCUCAGUUCUUCCAUGACCUCGAUACCGAGACAGAUGACUGCGCAAGGCAUAACAAUUGGGCGUUUCCUGCUAUCGGGGGUCCGUUCAACAGUUUGCCGGUGGACCUGAGGAGGCGAAAAGAAUAUAAUGAAUUGGUCAAGAUCACCAACAUGGGAAUUGAAAAAACCAUCGACAAGAUGAGGGAGAGAGGUGUGAAGUACAGACUACGCUUUGCAGAUUGGGACGGCUGGGCCUCUGAACCUAGGGUUGCUGGGCAGUUUUGCUGGCCUGGGUCUACUGGGGAAUACCCCGACCCCGAACAGCCUAAUUUGCAGUUCUUCAAGCCAGACACGAAAAAGAAAGCUAUACAUGACGAGGUCAAAAAGAGGGACAUGAUAGUAGACAAUGGUCAACUGGAGCCUGAGGUCAGCUAUGGGGUCAACGGAAGCCUUUAUGAUCCGUUCGACAUGAGUGCGAACCCUGCGACGGAAGCCAUACACUUGCUCAGCGACAGAAAUCCUGUUACUCGGGAUGAGGGAGGCUGCCAGGCGUUUCUCGACAAGCGCUCCUGGGGAUCUAAACUGCCGAAUCGAUGGGGAAAGUGGUUCCACCCCAAUGACAAGGGCCACCUCACGAUUGCAUCGUUCGUUCUCAACGAGAUCAUCUCGGCACGGGCGUUAUUUUUGGACGUGCCGAAUCCGAUUUGCGACGAUGAGGAGCGCGACCACUUCUCUUGCAAGGGGAAUGGGAAAAAGGGCGACUUACUCAGUCAUUAUGUCCAGAGCCACGUGCUGGAUGAGACCUACCAGACAUACUGCAACGAAGUCAAACCGCCCGAGGACCAGCCGAACUGGCAGGACGAGCGCGUUUUCUACAAGGGUACCCCGGAAGAGCACAAGUACUCUAUAAGCCUCACGAAGGGAGCGAUACAGUUUAGCAAGCAAGAAUGCCUCAACAGCUUCCUGAGAAUUAUUCACGGAUGUGACCUAUAUCGUCCAGAAAACCCACUAAACCUUAAGCACGGGGGUAGUUGGAAGAAGGGGAGAUACACAUAUGAACUGAAGGUGGGCCGCAUAAGGCGCCCCUGGCCGGUUCGAACCCCCAGCGGCUUAUGCGAGGGAUGGUAUAAAGGACUUUGGUCAAGAUAUACUAUCAGGGGUAGAUUGUGGGCUAGUCUUGACCAUGGGCAAGAACUCCGCGAUCAAGCGAAGAAAUGUGUUGGAGGUGGCCUGACAUCUUGGAGCUUUAAAUACUUCGACAGACCUGACGAGACUGAGAUGGAGUGGGAAGCGCAAUUUUCAACGCCCAUUUGGGUGCUGGCAAGGUGUUUCCGGAACGACAAGGUCUUCCUCAGCGUUGGGGGACCAAAGAUUGGGUGUGAAGGUAAUGACAAGCCAUGGCCUUUCAACACGUAG